AUGAAGGCGCGUCGUCGUAUUCAAGACGAGGAUGAUGAUCAGGAAGAAAUAUACAAGGAUGAUAGGGUGCACGAAGAAAAAAAUGAUGAUGAAUCAAAAGUCGACAAUAUAGCCCCACUUCCACCUCGUAAAACAUAUGAUUUAAUAUCUCCACCAAAAGCAUCUUCUAUCAUAUCAGCAUCUUCUUCAAGUAUCACAGCGCCUGGCCGUGAUUAUAAGAGUUUUUUUGGUGCAGCAACAAAAAGUAAAACUAUCGUCGCGAAUAAACGAAGAACUGCACCAAAAAUAGAUGAUACUGAAAGGUUAG